AUGGGCGGAAAUGCGGAAAGGGACGACAUGGAGGUGAUCCUGGGUCUGGCUGCUGCUAUGCAAAACUUUUUGGACGAGAGUGCUCGUAUGGAGCUACGAGUGCUUGUGAACUCGUACCGUGAAGGUCGGAUGUCGGCGGCCACCGUGCGGGCAGUGAUAGAAGACUUCGGACGGGCCCACCCGGGCACCAGGAGCAGCUCAGCUGCGCAAACGCCGACGUCAUCCGAGACCGGCACGCCGUUGUGGGCUACCGGCUGGGAAACCACGAGCAAUCAGUCAACGGGCCGGAGCUGGCUUGACGUUGCGCAACACAUGUCUCCGCCUGUGCCUCCGCCGUACCCUGACGGCCUGAACUUUCACUUUCAUGGACCGCCGCAAGGUGUUUACAAGGGCGCAGGAAAGGGGAAAGGUGGCGGCGGACAGAUGCAUGGCUUUCAUGUUCAACAGAAAGGUAAAGUAAAUAGAAAAGGUGAUGGCAAAGGGAAAGGGAAAAAGGGGAAAAACAAACACGGCUUCCACACGGUUGCGGCUGCAAAGCAAGCUUUACAGCAAUUUUUGCAAGAGAACCAGGAGUUUGUUUUUCGUCCUCGUGACGGAGUGUUGCCAGAACAUAGCGAGGUCUAUAGCCUGACAGCAGAGAAAGACGAUAAGUUGGAAAUGCGUGCAGAGAACAAGGGCUUUGUACCGGUUCUCACCAGUUUGAAGAUGAAUGAAGGCCCACUUCACGGGAAUGACUCGCGCCAGGUUUGCUACGAUGUAUAUGUGUUGCUUCCAGAGGCUGCAGGUGAAGAUUCUUUGUUUGCGUCCAGCUAUCUGGUCAGACGCCGUGCCACAAUGCGGGAUGCUCAAUGGCUGCCACCCUCGGACUAUGCCCUCCAAACCACUCCUCAGCCUGGCGCUCCAACCACUGCUGCCAACUCGUCGCUGGAGAAGAGGGCCAUGAAUUUGUUGGCUGGUCAGGACGUUCCUGCUGUCCUUUUCGACAGCCUUCUUCACACAUCGGAUGGCGUUCCCAAGCCGCUUCUCACCAAGCGCUCUGAUGUGGUUAUCCUAUUAAACUGGACACCCUAUGAGGGUGGCCCAGAAACGGCUUGCCUGCGCGCCAAUCUUCAGGGCCCAAGUGCUUGGAAGUGUUGUAGCCUGACCUUGGACACAGAGAGUGGAAAGAUGUGUGAGGCCCGCUUGGCGCGCAGCCUUUUGCUGGAUUGGAAGACUGGAAACCACCAACUGAUGCCAAAACCACAGCUUGUGUUUGAGGCAGAGCUUCCGCAGCAUGAGGUGGAGAAGUUCAGGGGGACAGAAAUUUCUGGUUUGACCAUCAUGAAAAUGAAUGGGGCUUUGCCAGAGAUACCUGCAGAGGUAAGACGCAAAUGGAGCAGCGACCCAGUCUACGCAACAGAGUGGAUUGCGGAGUUGAAGAAGUGCGACGAACUACUGACGUCCCCAGAGGCGCUCAGGGCCGGGGGCUCAUCUGAGCCAGCGGCGGCGGUUGCUGCUGCUGCGGAUGGCGUGGCUGGUGGUGGAAGCCUCCCUGAUGAUUGGGUGCCAAAGCCAAAGGAAUCUUUGAAGAACAUCACCCACACAUGCACCAGUGACAUUGAGAACCUCUCACUGCACAUUGUCCAGUCGGAGGGUGAUGAGAAUCCAACUAUCUACCUUGAGGCCAAUGAGGACAUGACAGUCCCGACCAACAAGCCCGUGUUCAAGGUGGGGGCAUCAGACUGGUUCAAACCUCCAAAGAGCACUCGGCUCCUGGCAAAUGAAGCGGAAAGGAGCUUGUACCUGUUCGAGGUUCGAUCUGACCUGGUGAAAGUUGUGGUGGAGGUUCCUGGCAACCCCAACCUUGAGCCAGCUUCCAUCUGUGAUGUCCUACACGAGGCUGAGGCAUCGGGGGUGAUUGACUUGUCGCUAUGGGGGCACACUUGUGCCAGGCCUGGGGGAGCAGCAAUGACUGGUGGUGAGGUGGAUCACUUUGUGAUUGCCCCAAUUGCUGCGGAUGGUGAGGAGAGUGCUGUCAAGUGGGUCUUCCGCCCCAAGCCCAUUGAGAUGCAGAAUGCCCGCGCCUCCAACCUGUUGAACGUGCUCCCCAAAAAGGCCAUCAUGGACUCUCCACGAGUCCUUGUGACCUGGACCAUCACGAUUGAUGAGGCCCAAGCCAUGAUGGUCCCUAAGAAGCCGGAAAUCUUCUUGCGGGAGAAUGUACCUCUGGGCAAGGGCCAGGUGGUGCGAGUCGUGUAA